CAUGACCCUCCCUAAAUUCUUCUCCCUCUCUCUCUCUCUCUCUCUAUAUAUAUAUAUAUCUCUCUCUUUCAACACUGUACUCUCUCUGCUUGCUGGGUUUCUCUCAUUCUACACACCCAUACAUACACAGAUACGUACAGAUACAUCUAUCUAAUUCACUUGGAGGAGGGAAGAAGUGGGUGAUCACCGAUUUGCUUGUUUUCUUGAGCGGUUCAUGGAUCCUUCAAGUGCACAACACCAGGAGAUGGGGAGCCAAUCACUGGAGAACAUGCUUGUAUGUUCAAAGUCCCAGCAAGAAAGAAAGCCAAGGCCUCAGCCAGAACAAGCCCUAAAGUGCCCUAGAUGUGACUCCACCAACACCAAAUUCUGCUACUACAAUAACUACAGUCUUUCUCAGCCCAGGUACUUCUGCAAGUCCUGUAGAAGGUACUGGACUAAAGGAGGAACUUUGAGGAAUGUUCCGGUGGGUGGAGGGUGCAGGAAGAACAAAAGACCUUCAUCAUCAUCAUCAUCAUCAGCAUCAUCAGCAUCAUCAAAAAGUAGGACCCAUAUUGAUCAGCUACAACCACUCACACCCAACAACAUUAACCCAUCUUCCCUCAUCACUAGUUUACCAGCAGCCUUGGGUUAUGAUGAUCAUCAUAAUCACUCAAAUGAUCUCUCACUUGCUUUUGCAAGGCUCCAGAAACAGGCUAUCGGACAGUUAGGGUUUGAUCAUGAUCAUCAUCAUCAUCAUCCUCAUCCUCAUCAGCAUCAGCAGCAGCUUUCUAUUUUGGGAAAUCUUGGUAACCCAGAUGGGAUUCUUGGUAACCUUGGGAUUAAUGCACCAGCUUCUGAGCAUCCGGGUGUGUUUCUUACUGGGUUUUUAGGUUCCCAAAACCCUAAUUUGCAGAAUUCUUAUUACGGAUUUGGGAAUGGGAACACUGAAGAUCAUCAAAUGGAAAACAACAAUCCUUCAAACGGCGUCGCUGGCCACGGAGAUCAUCAUCAUCAUCAUCAAAUGGUUUUUCCUUACGAUCGGGAAAUGACCAAUGCUACAACGACAGCGGUCACCGUGACAACAAUGAAGCAAGAGUUCUGCAACGGAAGAGACCACGAUGAUCACGAUCAGAUCAACGGUAACAGAUCAUCACAAGUGUUAUGGGGAUUUCCAUGGCAGAUCAAUGGAGAUUCCAACAUGGGAUCAGCUCAUCAUGAUCUUGAUAAUCCGGGAAGAGAAAGCUGGACGGGACUGAAUUCAUCUUGGCAUGGUCUCCUCAAUAGCCCUCUAAUGUAGUAGUUAUUAGUGUAGAUGUACUUUUAGGAGAGUGUUUUUUUUUUCUUCUUUUUUUUCCUUAAUUUCUUUUUCUUUCUCUUGUUUGUUUGGCAAGAAAGAAAAUAUGAAAUCACAUAGAAAAUUUAGUC